GCCGUCCACGACCGUGGCUCCGAGUUGGAAGGGAUGAUUUAUGGCGCGAACGCAAGAUGCCAAAUCUGUCGAGCAGCUGCGCAGGGGACGCCCGGGCCUCUUCAAACCUCGUAAACGCAACCCCCAGAAGCACGGGCAGGCAGAGAGGAUGCCACAGCCGCAGCUGCUGCUGCUGCUGCGGCUGUGGGGGGAAUAUGUCCCAUCAGCGAUUCAAUUGAAAACCCAGGCUUUGUUUUUUUUGCAAUUACUUGGAAAUAUGAAAUAUUGAAUCCGGUGGACUUCGUGUGGGAAUAAAAAUAUUCAAAUAUUUAUUUAUUAUCUUACACAGCAGAGAAUACUCUGAAUUGGGCCACACAAGACAACGCAUUCACACACGUGGUUCUCUCCUCUACCGGUAUGGCGAGCCCCUCCUCUUUCCGUGUUGUGCACUGGUUUGUUUUCACCUCAGAGGGGUGGCAACCAAACGUGCAGUGCUCGAACCAGAGAGAAUGAGGACCAACGACAACAACCUGGCCAGGUGGCUCAGCCCUAGAGCGAGCGCCUUGUAAUCCCAAGGAUGCAAGUUCAAAUCUUUGUUGGGAGUUGACUCAGCCCAUCAUCCCUCCGGGGUCGAUACAAUUAUUACUAUGUGGGGAACUUAGCAGUGGUUGUCCUUUGAACCGACUGAUGGCCCUCGCCAUGGCAAUGUGUAAUUCCGACCGUUGCCACAGGGCUGCAAAGAGGAGCACCGCCGCAAUGCCCAUUUGAGCAGCCAAUCACUUUAAAGUGAACGAUCACGUAAACAUUUUAAUGACGACGAGACGGUCACGGCGAUUGUCUCUGUCGCUCCCUUGUACCCCUUGCCACGCUCUUUCUCAGGCCCCACCCCUUGCCAGGCGGCCGCUGCCGGCGAGCUUCUGCAGCAGCUCCGUCACCUGGGCCCGGUGCUACGCGGCGACGCGCCGAGCUCCCUGCCGCCCCUCUACGUCCCACGGUGCGACGCGCGAGGCGGGUGGCGUCCGGUGCAGUGCGAUGGCGCCGGCCAACAGAUCCGGGAGUUUGUCGACGCGUGGACGAAGGACGAGGGGAACGCUUCCAAAGCCACGCUCUCCGACCUCAGGGAGCUCCUCGCGCGAGUUCGCGGCGCCGGUGGCGGCGGCGGCGGCGAGGGACUGCGAAGCUUCCUGAGCUUUCUCUACGACUCUGGCCGUCAGGACAUGUUCCCCGAACUGUCGCUUUACCCAUCGUUGCGGGGUCCGCCCGAAGUCUUAAACUUCUCCGGCUCUUCCGGCCGGUUUCUGCGAAACCCCGAGGUGGUCUGGAAGAUCCUCACGGAGAACGCGUCCUUCGUGUAUACCGGCGAUUAUGCCGAGUUCAGCGGCCGCUACGCCGACUUUGAGUCGCGGCUGUGCUGGUGCGUGGAUGCCGCUGGCCACGAAAUCGACGGUACCCGCACCGCCUCGCCAGGCCAGCUGCCAAAAUGUCCCGGCGCUUGCCACUUGGCGGCCGCGGACGUGAGCCGCUACCUGCAGCAGGCGGACCUGCUCAUCGGCAGCGCCGGCGCCUCGUCGGCGGGCGAGGGCGUCGCGUUUGGCCGGGGCCUCGCGUUCACGGAGGACGAGCUGCUGGGCUCGCCUCUCGGCCUCGGGGACGUGAAGGGGGAGGUGGCGGCCGUCCUCGCCGGCGGCACGGGCUACGCCGUCCGACUGGCGGCGCAGGCCGGUGAGGCACGCGCACUCGUAGCCCGACCACUCGUAGCCCGGCCACUCGUAGCCCGGCCACUCGUAGCCCGGCCACUCGUAGCCCGGCCACUCGUAGCCCGGCCACUCGAAGCCCGACCACUCGUAGCCCGACCACUCGGGACGUGUGGUUGGAGGUGACUCUUUUUCGUCGCGGUUUUUUUUCCUUCCCGAUUUUGCCAGGGUCGGCAUCACGGGACGAAUCGCUCGGGAGCCUUCGCAGCGUAGCUGAACCCCUACGUGUUGGAGGAUGGCCCAAUGGAAGCAGAUAUCAGAUAACCACCUCUUCACAUGUCCUCUAGCUCACACGAGUCCAGCACUCUCACACUUGCUGUGCAUAUAAGAGUAACGUUCAUCCCAGAUGGAAUUUAGCCCAAAUUAAAUACAGAACCAAACUUACCAUGAUGGAUUGAGACCAGCGAUCCACUACACUUGAGGUUUAUUCACAGGUGGCUGAAACCCAGAUUCAAACCCAGGACCUCAGCGGUGCCUGCUCAGUACUUUGACCUCUGAACUCUCAGCCGCCCAGCCACUUCCUACUUCUUUUAAUCACAAUUGUUGAGCACAGGCCCUUAUCGGCCAUCAACAAACAGCACUAUUAAAGGUGUCAUGAUUUCAAUCUAAUACAUUGCUUGUAUUGAGCAAGGUUAUGAUAACUUAUGAAGAGAGAAUCCCUAAGUGGGGCAAUGACCCACAGUGUCAUGGUUGAAGGCAGUAUGGGUGAGACAAAACAGUGAAUCUGGUAGUCCGAGUGAUCAACAUCGGUGAAGGAAUGAAAGAGAUCAAGGGAAGAGUAGCCAUAAGGAGGCGACUGACCGCCAGUGAGCGAGCAACUGGAGUGAAUCAUAGACUCCUGCAUCAUCAAUCAACGUGAUCGUUUUCCGAGAAGUGGCCAGGGGUUGAGUGAACCGUGUCAACUUUCAGAUCAGCAAAGUGAGGUUCUGCAGCAAGUAGGUUUCUCACCAAUCUCUUCACAGCUAGAACGCAAUCC